GCUCAGCCUUCUCAUUACAGCUGCUACAGGCAGCAAGAGAGGAGCUCCAAUCAAACCGGUGGUGGCAACAACAGACUACAAAAUACACAGCUGACUAAUCAAUAGACCUUUGCCAGAAACAUUGUGAGAGUGAGAAAGCCGCUCAAGGACCAGGGAGGAGCAGAAAAUCUGAAGAUUUGAAGACAGAGCAAUUACAGCACUGGGUUCAAAAACUGGGUAAACAAGAGCUCUCAUUUAGGGGACAUGAUGAAAGCAAGGAGUCCACAAAUAGAGGAGAGGACAACUGGGGACUUUGCAGAACAUCAAAGGGUGCAGGUUAUCCCUCUGUGUGGUGAGACAGGACAAGCAUCAGCACUGGCACUUAAGUGCCAAUCAGAGGGUCUAUUUGAGGUGUUGAUGAUCUCGCUCUAGUGUCUCAGUUGUGAUGUGGGGGUGUACCAUGGCGAUACAAGUUUCAGUUGUGAGCCUGGCUCUACUGUUCUUUGGAGUUCAAGCUGUACCUAACCCAACCAGCAAACUAGUGAGGACCACGCGGGUGAGGCGACAGGCUCCAGAUGGCGAGGGUUUGUCUAGCAACCAGACCCAGCCCAUGAUCUUCAAUCAUGUAUACAACAUCAAUGUACCUUUAGAGUCACUGUGCUCUGUGGACCUGGACACAGUACCAGGCCCAGAGACAAAAGGUCCACCUGGCAGUGACAAGAUGCCAACUGAGUACACGGAAGAGAUUCUGGACUCAGACAGCCAGGUGACCUUCACCCACCGCAUCAAUAUCCCAAAGCAGGCCUGUGCUUGUCCUGCGGCUGCCACCAUGCAACAGCUGGCUAACCGUAUAGAGAUGUUGGAGAGGGAGGUGUCUGUGCUUCGAGCACAGUGUAGCUCCAGCUGCUGUGGAGAAAGCUCUGUCAUGGGUCACUUGGACUUUGUCCCUCAGUGUGGCAGCCAUGGCACCUUCAGCAUGGAGAUUUGUGGAUGUCUGUGUGAAGAAGGCUGGAUGGGCAAGAACUGCUCUGAACCUCGCUGCCCAGAUGACUGCUCCGGCCAGGGCAUUUGCAUCGAAGGUGAGUGUGUAUGCGACCGUAACUUUGGCGGUGAGAACUGCUCCGAGCCUCGCUGUCCAGGUGAUUGCUCUGACAGGGGGUUGUGCAUCGAUGGCGAGUGCGUUUGUGAGGAAGCCUAUGCCGGGAAGGAUUGCUCGCUGGGCAGAUGCCUGAACGACUGCUCAGAUCAAGGAUCCUGUGUGAACGGAACCUGCCAGUGUCGACCCGGCUUCAUGGGGGAGGACUGCUCUCUCAUCUUUUGUGCCAACAACUGCAGCCAGAAAGGCGUGUGCAAGGACGGGUUCUGUGCCUGCCAAGAGGGCUAUACGGGAGAUGACUGCGCUUCAGUGUCACCUCCUAUAAAUCUGCGAGUCCGAGGGGUGUCUGAACAUACCAUUGAUCUGGACUGGGAGGGAUCUAGGAUCCUGACAGACUUCCUGAUCACAUAUACCCCUACAACCCCUGGUGGAGUCCAGCUAGAGAUCAGAGUUCCAGGAAACAUUACCAACACCACCAUCAAAGGGUUGGAGCCCGGUCUGGAGUACAAAAUCAAUGUGUAUGCGGUCAUCAAUGACAUUAUCAGCUCACCAAUGAACACCUUGGUCUCAACCUAUCUCUCGAAUCCAGACGGUUUACUCUUCAAAUCCGUCAUGGAGACAUCCGUGGAGGUUCAGUGGCAACCGUUAGACUACUUGUUUGAUGGUUGGGAAAUAAGCUUCAUUCCCAAGGACAAUGAUGGAGGGAUGACAGCACAGCUGCCCAGUACCAUCACAUCCUUCAACCAAACAGGGCUGAGGCCUGGAGAAGAGUACACUGUCAACCUGGUGGCUUUGAAAGACCAAGGCAGGAGCCAGCCGGUUACCUCAACUGUUAUCACAUUAAUCGAUGGACCAUCACAGCUUAUUGUACGAGAUGUCUCAGACACAGUUGCAUUUGUGGAGUGGACCCCACCCAAGGCUAAAGUUGAUCAGAUUAUAUUGCGUUAUGGGCUGGAAGGAGUGGACGGACCAAAGACCAUCUUUCGCCUGCAGCCUACUCUAAGCCAGUACUCCCUCCAAGUCCUGAGGCCUGGGUCCACAUAUGAAGUAUUAGUCAGUGGAGUCCGGAAUGGCAAUGAAAGUGGAGCAAUAUCAACAAAAUUUGCUACAGAAAUUGAUGCACCAAAGAACUUACGAGUGCUAUCGAAAACAUCCACCAGUCUGGAGCUGGAAUGGGACAAUAGUGAGGCAGAUGUUGAGGGUUACAGUGUGGUUUACAGCACAUUGGCUGGAGACCAGUAUGACAAGGUCAUCGUCCCACACAAUGAUGGAGCCACCACCAAGACUGCCCUCACUGAUUUACUGCCUGGCACAGAGUAUGGCAUAGGUAUUUCAGCUGUUCUUGGUGCCAGCCAAAGCACCCCUGCAACAAUGAAUGCUAGAACUGGUCUGGAUGUCCCAUUGGAUUUGACUGUCACAGCCUCCACAGACAACACCAUCACACUGUUGUGGGGCAUGGUGCAGGGGCCUAUUGACCACUAUAGGGUGACCUACACCUCUUCCACCGGAGUCACUACUGAGCACACAGUGCCCAAAGACAUAACCACCACCACAUUGACAGGUCUAGAGCCAGGCACAGAGUACACCAUUACAGUUGCAGCACAGAGAGGCAGGCAGCAGAGCACUGCAGCCACUAUUGAUGCCUUCACAGGGUUCCGCCCUAUCACACAACUCUACUUCUCUGAUGUGACAUCUGAUUCAUUGACUGUGACUUGGAGUGCUCCAGCCCCGCCUGCUGAUGCAUUCAUCUUGAACUACAGUGCCCAGGACUCCAGUGAUGAUUCUGAGAUUGCUCUAGACGGGUCCAAAACCAGAAUCACCCUCACUGGUCUCCUGCCCUCCAGGCAGUACACUGUUACACUUGUAACCAUGCACGGCAAUGUGACAUCAAAAGCAGUUGUCAGUUCAGUCACAACAGGAAUGGACCCUCCCAGAGACAUGACUGUGCUGUACGUCACCGAGGAAUCUGUGACCCUGUCAUGGAUUCAGCCCCUCGCAGCCUUUGAUUACUACAAAAUGUCAUACCAAUCACCAAAAGGUAGGAUGGACAAUGUAGUGAUUGACAGUGAUGUCACCAACUACACACUGACCAGCCUCCAUCCAGCAACAGAGUAUGAGAUCAAGCUGAACACAGUGAGAGGAAGCCAAGAGAGCAAGAUCAUCACCACAACUGUUUUCACAGCCUUGGACAUGCCUAUGGAGCUCACAGCCCUAAAUGUCACACCCCAGGGGGCUCUGCUGCGUUGGAACCCUCCUGUCUCCAGUGUUGAUAACUAUGUGCUCACCCUCACCCGUAACCAAGUUACAGCAGACACCUUUCUAGUGGAGGGUAACAAGCAGGAAUACCAGCUGAGUCAGCUCAUUCCCAGUACCACCUACUCAGUAGUCCUCUAUGCGACUAAAGGCCCUCUCACCAGUGGCACUGCCAUUGCCAACUUUGUCACACCCAUGGAUGCACCACAGAACCUGACAGCCAGUGAGGUCAACCACCGGAGUGCCCUUAUAUCCUGGCAACCACCCAUCACAGACAUCGAUAAUUACAUGCUGACCUACAAAGCAGCAGAUGGCAGUCGAAAGGAGCUGAUUUUAGAUGCAGAGGACACAUGGAUCCGUCUGGAGGGACUGGCAGAGACCACUGAAUAUACUGUGAGACUGCAAGCUGCAAGAGGAUUACAGACCAGCGCCAUUGUUUCAACCUCUUUUACAACAGGAAACCGAUUGUUUCCCACGCCACAGAACUGUGCACAGCACCUCCUGAAUGGAGAGAACCUGAGUGGAAUCUACACCAUCUACAUCAACAGAGACCUCAGUCAAGGUGUGCAGGUCUACUGCGACAUGACCACCGAUGGAGGCGGCUGGAUAGUGUUCCAGCGACGUCAAAACGGUUUGACUGAUUUCUCCAGGAAGUGGAGUGACUACAAGAUUGGCUUUGGCAACCUGGAGGAUGAGUUCUGGCUCGGCUUGGACAACGUUCAGAAGAUUGCAGCUCAAGGACGUUAUGAACUCCGCAUUGACAUGAAAGAUGGCGAGGAGUCAGUAUAUGCCAACUAUGACCGAUUUUCCAUUGGAGAUUCCAAGAGCCUCUACAAACUGAGGAUAGGAGAUUAUAACGGCACUGCAGGUGACUCUCUGAGCUACCACCAGAGCAGACCUUUCUCUACCAUGGACAAGGACAAUGACAUUGCUGUCACCAACUGUGCCCUGUCCUACAAGGGAGCCUGGUGGUACAAAAACUGUCAUCGGGCCAACCUCAAUGGCAAAUAUGGAGAGUCCAGACAUAGUCAGGGUAUAAACUGGUAUCACUGGAAAGGCCAUGAGUUUUCCAUCCCAUUUGUGGAGAUGAAGAUGAGACCGUUCAACUACCGCAGCAUCAGCGGCAAGCGGAGGAGGUCCACCCAUUAAUCCACUGUCCUAUAGCUGUUUCUAUUUUUAAAGAGGGGGAGGAGGACACAAGUAGUGAUGUAACUUAUUUAAACAUUUGAAUGGCAAAAUCCCUUUGACGAAUGUCUGAAGUAAAUUGUAAACCUUGAGGUUCGGUGACUUUCUUAUGUAUAAUGUCAUUUGUUCAGUUCAGAAAUUUAAAGACUUAGGUUCAGUAUAGUUCAGCACGUUUACCGUGUGAAGCUUGCAGAAAGAACCUCCGUAUUAAGUGAAGAAGAGAUAAUUUUCUCCCUUUGAGAUAAAAAGAUUUUAGACAAAAAUAUGAAUGCCCAUUAAAAAUGAGAUGCUUCUAUUUUUAUAAAUCAUUAGAAAUACCUUUAAAAUGUAAUUGAAUGAUUUUUGGUCGGUGAUUUAUUCAUUUUGAUUCAUGCUCAUGUGACACAUUACAGUGGUAUGUUAUGCUUUUACGGCACCCUGAAGCCAACAUUCUUUAUUUUAAUAUAAUUUCAUUUUCAUCUCUCAUAAAUAUUUCAUUACAUAUUUACAAUUGUUCAUUGUUCUGUCAAAGCAUUGCAGAGGUUGAAAUUCCAAACAUAAAAACAGGGUUUUCUGGGAAAAUAUUAAAGAUUUGUAUUAAUGAAACCUAAACAUCAGAAACCAAAGAUUUAUUAAAUAUAUGGGGUAAGAAACAAAGAUUGAUCUGAAAGAUGAAAGAGAAUUCUUUGUAUAUAAAGAUGAUAUACAGUACUUUUUAGACAUGCCAUCAUUGCAAAUUUGAUACUGAUUUUCAUCACUUGAGUCAGUUUAAAUCAUGAUGAAUCAGUGGAAAUCCAUUUGCCAGCUUUCCUUUUGAAUGCAUGUGGGUAUACAUGUAUGUAAUGUAUGAAGGCAUACAUAUGUGCAUAUGUUUGGGGUGCUACAGGUCUGCAGACACGUGCUUUUCAAUCAGAUCAUUUGCAUCAUGUUUAAUUGCUUUGCUUAGCUGGAAUUUCAUUCUUUUGUGCAAUGCUAAUUAUUAGAUAUUUUUACAUCAUCCCACCUCCUUAGUUUAGUCUAAAGUAAUGAUUCUUCUCAUUUAUGCUUCAGAAGUGGUUUUAUACAUAUGCUGACCUAUGUUCACUUACUUUAUAUGUACUCAAAAACAUUCUUUCCAUAGCUCUGUCUCAUACUACAUGCUUUUGAGUCCUAAAAAUGUUCUUGUUCCUGUAGACUUGAAAGAAUAAUGGUGUCUGUCUUUAUCUUGGUAAAUUCUUUAGGUUACUCACAAUUCAUAGAAAAGUGCAGGAAAAUUGCGGUAUGUGUUUGCAUUUGCAGUACUAGCUUCCAAAGGAAGACAUCUGUGAAGGGUAUUUGUAAUAUGUAUCUGUUCCUUUUAAUACAAAGUCAUUCGGAAACUUUGCUGUGAAACAGUCAGGAAAGUUCUUUAAAGUUCAAAACACUUACAUCAAUACAAUAACUCAUAAAAGCAAUGCAACUCCUAUUGCAAGUUAGAUUAUAGUCUUUGUUUUUUACUUCUUGUACCUGACAAGAGUAUAUUAUUUUGUUCUGUAGGUUAAAAUUGCCUCAGUGUAUUUUGUACAGUGAUUGAAAGGUUCAUGAAGGAGUAUGACCAUGUCAGAUUUUUCUAAACUUUUUCUCAUGCAAUGUAACUUACCUCAGCAAAUUAAUAAUUCUUUUUCUACUAGUACAUUACUCACUCUGUUAUCAUGAAAAGUACAAGUUAGUGAGUGUGUUUACAUGCACAAUCUUUCACCAAUUGUGCUUAAUAAGCUGCCGACGUUUAAGCUCACAAAAAAGUUUUUUCUUUAUCGGAGUAAGGUCAUAAACGGUUUAAGCAUAAACCGAUCAACAGGUAAAUUUUUGCCCAUUACCCUAAUUUCAUGUUGCAUGUAAACACCUGUACAGGCAUUCUUACCGGCUUGUCUAAUGUGCGCAAGUGUUGUGAUCAUUCCAGUUUACAUUUUUAAAUCAAAAGCAGAGAAUAAUCCAUUCAAAAACAGCUGGAAAAAAAAAAUCUUGUUUCAAUUUAAUAAAUAAAUGUUCAUGCUGCCUUCAAAUGUCAAGUUAUGUCAACUUAAGAGGUAAAGUUGUUUAAACAGAGCAGACAGUUGACUUAUCAAUAGGUAACACUUUACAAUAAGGUUCCUUUUGUUAACACUAGUUAACAACAUUAGUUAACAAACUAACAAUGAACAAUACUUUUAAAGCAUUUAUUAAUCUUGGUUAAUGGUAAUUUCAACAUAUACGAAUACAUAUUUAAAAUCAAAAUGUUGUAUUUGUACAAAUACAUUAACAGUAGUUAAUGCACUAUGAACUAAUAAUCAACCAUUGUAUUUUUAUUAACUAACAUGAACUAAUAUUUAUAAAUGCUGUAAAAAAUAUAUAAAUACUGUAUAUUGUUUAUUAUUUGUUUAUGUUACCUAAUGCAUUAACUAAUGUUAACAAAUGGAACCCUAAGUGUUACCAAUCAAUAUAACUUGUUAAAUGAGCUUAAUGUCUUUUUAAGUAAACUCUACAUUUUUAGUUCAAUCAACUGUAUUCUAAUUCAGUUCAAACUAAUAUAUAAGUUCAAUUACUUGCAUUAUUUAAUAUUAUUGAUAACCAUAGAAGCAGUUAGGGCUAUCCCGUUGUCAGAGUUAAAAUAAACUGCCAUGUGAUGGUAAAUAGAUAAUGGUAAACUUGGACAAUUAAGUUAUCUCAAUAAGAUCAAUUCAGGGCAGUUACUCUACAUUUUAAGUUAUGAUAUCUAAAAGGGGUAAUAUAUAUAUAUAUAUAUAGUGUAGAGGUGUCUUAAAAAACAGCAUUAAGAGUCAUAAAAAAUCUGAAUUGUUGAACUCUUUGGAAGUCUUAAAAAGUGAUUUCUAUAAAGAUUUAUUUAGUGCUUUGGCACAUCUGUGUAGUCUUUCUGUUAGUGAAAGGCCAGUGUAAGAGGUGAGCCAUAGAUAUAAAGUGUUUUUUUCCAGCCUAAUCUCAUGAACAUUACAUAACCAUGGCAACAUUUUUGCAAAACAAAAUUAUGUCUUUUAUUAUGCAUUUUGCUGCAGUUUCCCAGUGAAAUGUCCAGCAGGUGUGCCAAAAAUGAGUGAAAUUUUGUCAUAAUCAGAUGAGGUUUUUAAGGUGAAUAUUAGUUGGAGUAAAACUUAUCUUCCUAGCCUAAAACUUUAAACCUAAACAAUAAUGUCCUAAAAUCAAAUGAGAGAUCAAAACAGACAUCCUUACCAUAAAUCAACACCUUAACUUAGCCGGUAAUGUUCUAAAAGCAAAUGUGACAUUAGAAGCUUAUUUUCUGAAGCAACCACAUUAUUUCAUGUCGCUUCUAUGACGCUUUCGUCUCACGUGUCAGCUUGUGUGCAUGGCUGGGCUCAAACCUAGGUCGUCCGAGUCCAAAUUCCAACAGUGUGUAAGGGUGUACUCACACUAGGCCCGGUUGCCUUGUACUGUGCCUAAGCACUAUUGUCCCCCUCUCCCCACUGCCCCGCUGGCCUGCACUCACAUUGCACUUAACGUUCCAAGCCUGAGCACGCUUACGUCAUAACGAUGCAACUUUUUGUUUUGAAGAAAACAGGAAGAAAAGCGCUCUCGCGGAGCACAAUGGAGUCCAUCAUUGUAACGUUACUUACUCUGUGGCUUAUUUUGAGUCGUUUGGGGCACGUGACACAUGGCCCUCUCACAUGCCUAAUUGUCAACAGCAUCGUACCACUGGAAUUUAUCCUUUUCAUCCGAUGAGCUGCCAGAUUUACGGAGUGCAUUCCGGACCUUCAGACACUGAACCAUCAGUUAUUUUCAGCUUGUCACGUCAUUGCGCAAUGGUUCUUUGGUAUCCACGAGCACGAAGACAGUUGCAAAUUUGACCAAAUAUCUCGUAGUUCUUGUGUGUUGUAUCCAGUUGUUCCUGUAUACUCUCGUCUGCCCAAAUUUCCAGUAAACACUGCACCCAUGCCGUAGACCAAAGUCAUCCCCUUGCCCAGUCGCAUCAUUGACGUCAUGUUUCAAGUUCCGUGCUCAGUCACAGUUAGCGAUCACACUAGAUGCGUACCAUGCCUGAGCCAACUGAACCGUGCCCGAGCCCACCUCUUGCCAAGGCACGGUUCAGCGUACUAUGCCCGGGCACUGUACGAAGCGAUAACACUUGUCAAACGAACUGGACUUUGGGGGUCAAACAUGCUCGGGCACAGUACAGAUUGCCUAGUGUGAGUACACCCUAAAUGUGGGCGAGUCUGUAAUACAAACAUUAAAAUGUAUAGUUUUUCAAAUUAUGCGUUAGGUAAUCUAUGUGACUAGGUUGUGUUUUUCAGUCCACCUGCUUUUCUUUUUUAACAACACCCCUUUCCAUAGUCACUUUUCUCCUAAUGAGCCUCCUCGGACUGACAGCACUGUGAUGUCUUCAAAGACCUUCUACCCUUUUCCUUUGCUUUUAUUUUCUUUUUAAUUCUUUCUAGGGGUUAUGAUUAGAGAGUGCAGUAACAACUGGGACGGGAAUUGGAAACCAAGUAAAUUUUAAUCAGCUCAAACCAUUUGCAUUUAACAGUGAAAAGGCUUACAUUUCGCCUGCACCAGAAGGCAUCAUUUCCCACAGUUAAUGCUCUGUGGAGAAUACGGUGAGGAAAUGUUUUUCUUGUUUUGUUUCCCUUUGCAAAUUAAUUGUCUUUGGUUUCACACUUAAGCAGUCCUUUCCUUAAAGAGAAAUAUAUAUUUUAGUCUAGUAGACUGAUUGAGAGAACUUCUAAACAGAGAGUCAGAUUUGCCUUCAUUAUUAAUUGACUCAGCAUAUGGUAGGGACACGUCAAGGCCCCUCCAUUCUGACAUGCCACCCAUCCACUAAAUCACUUAUGGCUCAAGAUUCACCAUAACACAUUCAAAUCCAUUACAUGCUGCACUUGGAACUCUGACUCUUUUUUUACACUGGCAUCUAGGUCAUCUUCACUACUCUCAUAUAAAUCUAUUUACUUUUACCAUGAUAGUGUAAAAAUCCUGUACGUUUUGUACCUAAGAGGAUGUUGUAGAGCAGUAAAAAUGUUUGACUGCCUAACCUUUACCUCUAUGGCUUUUGGAAAAUAUGUUUAGCAUGAAUACUAAUGAAGCAGGUAAUAUGUGAAAAAGAAUGAAACACUUCUCCCUAACUCGCUGACCACAUUCUGUCUGAUAACCUUGGAUUUUGAUGUAACAGAACAAAUUAGCUGUAGUUUAACUUAAAAUGUGCUGUAUAAUUCCUUUUUUAAUACAUUUUCUACACAUUAAUAAAAUAUUCAAAAUACAAAAUCUGGGUUUGAUUGUGAAAUGAUUUGGGUUAUUUAUUCUACUGUAUAUCUUAUACAUUAUCUGUUGUGUAGUCAAAUGAAAGCUUAUGAUAAACAAAAUAUCUUUUCCAUGGUAAGCUGAUGUUUGUUCUUGCACCCAAUUAGUAAGAUAAACCCUCUGCAUUUGUCAAUGGAAUCCAGCUAGACAUGUUAGGAAGACAGCAUUUGAAUUAGGCGAUGUGUUGAGACACUAUCUUUUGAGGUUUGUAUC